AUGGAUGGUAGCAGUCCUAGCAAUCUGCAAUUGUUCUUCAGUAAUCUGGUUACGGUAGUCGGCGCCUAUGAAUACAUUUUCGCUACAAUUGACUUACUUGUAAACAGUUUUCACGUGUAUAUUUUAUCGAGAAGACAGAUGAGAACCUCCUCAAUGAAUUCAAUCCUACUGGGUAUUGCAUUGGCAGAUAUGAUAUUCCCUCUGGUAGCUAUCAAAAAGAAAGUGAGAAUAUGGAUCAUCGGUUCAAAUGAAUGUACCGCUCCAGAAAGUAUGCUCGAAAUGAAUUUCGACUGGUUACUGUACACUCUACGUGACGACUUCAGAAGGUGUUCUACAUGGCUUGGACUUAUGUUGGCAGGUGUCCGAACGAUUGCUGUCAGGAAUUCAAUGAAUCAGAGUUUCAACUACAUAUCUCAACCGUCAUUUGGCUGGAAAAUCAAUCUCUCUGUUGCGGGCUUCAGUUCUUUCUUUUCAAUAUUCUACUAUUUUCGAUUUCAAGUCGUUGAAACGGGUACUUUCUGGACACCACCUGUCAGUUGUUCCGAGUACGAAUUGGGAUAUGCUGUUCCCAAUUUGACUUUCCGAGAACGAGAUCUCUAUAAAGCCGCAAACGGAUUACUUCGGAAGAUCAAUUUAUUGGUUGUGGGUGGACUGGCGAAGUUUCUACCUUGUAUAUUAUUUCCGGCACUAACAAUUGUACUGAUAAGAGAGUUGAGGAAAGCGAGAAAAGUAAGGGAAGCAGCAAAAAAGGAAGUGAAUGCGGGAAAACGAAAAGAACUAACUACUCGACUUGUUAUCUAUAUGACAAUAUCCUUCUUUGCUAUAGAAUUCCCAAUUGGAAUAUGCUUCUGGGUGGAGGCGGCGUCCAGCGCUUAUAACGAAGGAAACGUUACUACCAGCAUAAUUCAACUCCUCAACAUGAUCUACGUGGUCAUGACUCUCACCCAUUUUUCAAUUUGUUUCUUCAUGUCUUCCCAGUAUCGUAAGACGGUUAAAAUGCUUUUCACAAGAGGAAUCUCUAUGAAAAACCAAACGAUGUCAGUGGUCAGUGUCAUCCAGAAUGCCAGGUCUGGGAACAGUUCAAAUAUGUGA